GUUUUAUGUUAUUAUAUUAAAACUUAUUAUAUUAUUAUAUUAAAACUUAUUUUAUUAUAUAUUUUUCAUAAAACUGUAAAGUUAUAAAGUGAACAUGUAUAAAAGUUCUUUACAGCAUAACUGUGAUCAGUAUUCAUGUGUGUCUCUACAGGCCUGUGUGCUGGACGUCAGUACCAUUUAAUUUCUGAAGAGAAGAACUUUGCUGAAGCACAAAGUUACUGCAGAGAGAAAUACACAGACCUGGCCACUAUAGACAGCAUGGAGGAUGUGGAGACCCUGAACAGAACGGCAGAAACAGCAGGAGUUUCCUCUAUCGCCUGGAUCGGGCUGUACAAAACCUGGGGGUGGUCACUGUCAGACACAAGUUUCUACAAACACGGAGAGGAGGAGUUCAGAGGAUGGGAACCUGGACAACCAGACAACUACGGCGACUGCACAGAGAUUUAUCCUGAUGGAGGAUGGCACGAUUACAGAUGCACAUACAAGGAACAGGCCGUCUGCUGUGAUUCACUGUCUCAGUCAACAGGGCUGCAAGAAAAGGAGUUGAUAUGCACACAGCUCCACGGUGACUUCAGCUUCAUGCUGACAUUCAUUAAGAAACAUCAAACUGCUGAGAAAAAUAUUCAGACGCAGAAAAACUCAAAUAUAAAGUUUGCAUCUAUGUUGUGUGUUAUGUUGCCUCUGCACAGCUCUUCUCUGGAUCUAUUUUCAGAGCUGGAUGUGACUUUUGUCCUCACUGACGACUCCAUGACCUGGACUGAGGCCCAGAGCUACUGCAGAGAACACCACACAGACCUGGCCAGUGUGAGAAACCAAGCGGAGAACCAGAAGGUCCAGGAGCUGGUUCAAGCAGCAGGAGUAGACUUUGUCUGGAUCGGCCUUUUCAGAGACUCCUGGAAGUGGUCCGAUGGAAGUAACUCCUCGUUCAGACGCUGGUUGCCAGGGCAACCUGAUAACAAAAAGGGGAUGGAGGCUUGUGCAGCAGCAGAUUUCAGGUCCUCUGGUAGAUGGGUAGACCUCAACUGUAACAGCAGGAGAGCAUUCAUCUGCUACGGUCCAGCCCCAAAAACAAGUUCAAAGCAAGUGUUCAGACUGAGGCUGAGGAGCUCUGUGGACCCCAACGACCCUGCUGUGAUGGAGGCAAUGCUGAAGCAGUUCAAACAGAAGCUGAAGGCCCAGGGGGUGAAUGACGACGUCACACUGAGCUUUAGGAAGCAGCCAGUAUAA